CGACGCUUACAACACCCCAUGAAAUAUACAUGAUGCCGGCACAUCGGCCACUGCGUCGAGGAUAGCUCACCAAUAUGUCGAAUUCAAAUGGUAUGUGGAAUCGGAAAAAUUCCGUGGCCAUUAAAUCCCAAGCGGCACAAUCAACCAAACCAGAAAUUCGAGGUGAAGUUGAAAGAAAACGACAAAGUUGGCUUCGUCCUCAAUUGUCAUAUGGGUCAGUCAGUUCCUAUGAUAGUACAGCUAGCUAUACAGACAGCUAUUCCUCAGACGAAGAUGAAGGCUCCCCAAGAGACAGACAACAGAAAAACAGCAAGGGUGGAUCCGAUUUUUGCGUUAAGAGUAUUAAACUUGCAGACUUUGGCAGAAGAGAAAUUGAAAUUGCAGAACAAGAAAUGCCUGGUUUAAUGCUUCUUCGUAAGCGUAACUGUACAGACAAGCCUCUGGAAGGUGCCAAGAUUGUUGCCUGUACACAUGUAACAGCUCAGGCAGCUGUUCUGAUAGAAACACUAGCAGCUUUAGGUGCUCAAAUACGCUGGUCAGCAUGUAAUAUUUACUCAACACAGAAUGAAGUUGCUGCAGCAAUGGCAGAAGCUGGAUUUCCAAUCUUUGCAUGGAAAGGAGAGUCAGAAGAAGAUUUCUGGUGGUGUAUUGAGAAAUGCAUUACUGCACCUGGAUAUCAACCUAACAUGGUUCUGGAUGAUGGUGGUGAUGCAACACAUCUCAUGUACAAGAAGUUUAAUGGUACUUUCAAUACACUUAAAGGGAUUGUAGAAGAAAGUGUUACUGGAGUUCAUAGGUUGUAUCAGUUAUCCAAACAAAGCAAGUUAACUGUGCCUGCCAUGAAUGUCAAUGAUUCAGUUACUAAGACUAAAUUUGAUAAUUUGUACUGCUGUAGAGAAUCUAUUUUAGAUAGCUUAAAGAGAACAACAGAUGUGAUGUUUGGUGGCAAGCAAGUCCUAGUCUGUGGGUAUGGAGAGGUUGGUAAGGGAUGCUGCUUUGCAUUAAAAGGACUUGGUGCCAUUGUCUAUGUAACAGAAAUUGAUCCCAUCUGUGCUCUUCAAGCUUGCAUGGAUGGUUUUAGGGUUGUCAAAAUAGAAGAGGUGGUCAAGCAUAUUGAUAUUUUAAUUACUGCCACAGGGAAUAAACAUGUUGUGACAAGAGAACAUCUUGACAGGUUAAAGAAUGGCUGUAUAGUUUGCAACAUGGGCCACUCCAACACAGAAAUUGAUGUGGCCAGCAUUAGAACAUCAGAUCUAACUUGGGAGAAAGUCAGAACACAAGUGGAUCACAUUAUAUGGCCUGAUGGGAAAAGAAUAGUACUUCUAGCUGAGGGACGACUUGUUAACCUGAGUUGCUCCAGCGUUCCAUCUUUUGUAGUAUCAAUUACAGCCACUACACAGGCUAUAGCCCUCAUUGAGUUAUACAAGGCACCACCUGGUAGAUAUAAACAUGAUGUCUAUCUUUUGCCAAAGAAAAUGGAUGAAUAUGUUGCAAUGCUUCACCUGCCAACAUUUGAUGCACAUCUGACUGAACCGAGUGAUGACCAAGCCAAAUACCUGGGAGUCAAUAAGACUGGUCCUUUUAAGCCAAAUUAUUACAGAUACUAGACUGUUGUCUGUGGCAGCACCUUAGUAUGCCAAGAAGUGCUGUAAAUUCAAAGUUGCUUUACAGCUAUAAUUCUAUUUAUAAUCAUCUAGUGCCUUUUUUCAUUGCAUCUAUAGACUGAAUAAAAUGAUAUUUCUUUUACUCAAUACAUUUAAUACAUAUUUAAGAACAAAAAAACCUUUUUCAAAAACUCUUUUACUGAAUUCUGAAAAAUGAUGAUUGUGAUAAUAAUAUAGAAUUGUUUAUACCAAAGUGAAAAGUUCAGAGAUUGAUUUGUCUGUGAUGAACACAUUAUGUAUUUAAAUUUUUGGAUCGAUAAAGCAUGGCAUAGCAUGGCAAAAACGUUAACAAGAAUAUUGAUUAGUCCCAUAGUUUCUUCUCUAAUUAGCUUGAAUAUUCACGAAAUCUCUGUACCAUGUUAAAACUCAUGUUUGAAAAAGCCAGCUCUAGCUAAUUCUCUGAUAAAACUGGCCAUUUGAUGUUGUGAAAUAGAUGCAAUGUAAAAGAAUUUCUUUCAAUUUCACUUCAGUAUUGUCAGAUGUUAUUCCAUUUUCACUAGUACUCUGAAAUAUUCUAUGAAAUUCAAGAACAAAAAUAGAAAGAAAAAAAAAAUGGAAGAAGGUGGUCACUGUAAUGUUGACAGAAGAAGUAAAUUUUAGAUAAAGAGCAAUUAUUACCUAGGAAAGAAAAACAUGAGGUAACAGCAAAUUUUAAGACAAAAGGUGAAACCCAUGCAGAUAGAUGCAAAGAAGAGAGAAUGUGUGUGUUAGUCAUAGGUGAAGAAAAAUGAUGGUAUAUCUCUUACAUCAGGCCAAUGUGUUGAAAAACAAACUUUUGAUUGUCAUUCUGGAAUCAUUGUCAAUAUAAUGAUAUUAAAUUAAUUUCCCGUUUCUCUUACCUAAAUUGUUUAUGCUAAAUUAAAUGACAAAAUAAUGCUCAUCAUAGGAUAAGCCUGUUACAUUUAUAACAAUAUAUUGAAUUAUCUUGUUUCUGAAAAUGUUCGCUGCUGUAAUCUGAGUACUUCCAGUUUUUUAUGAUCUUGUAUUCAAAUUUUAUUGUUGGACUCGGCGUUUAUUAUUGUGUAGUUCCUAAAAGUAUCCAUGCCAUCCCACAGAGGGAAAACGAUGGGUGGGGAGAUUCUAAUGGCAGUCUUAUGCAAGUAUUUUGAGGCAUAGACAUCUUAUGGAGCCGCAUUUUCAAGAAUCCUAAGUUCUUUUAUUAAUAAUCAGACAUGAUUGUUAUUUAAAGUUUGGAAAAACUACCAAAAUGUGUUAUUCUAUCGUGUGGAAUCUUGUAAAAACUUGUGAUGAAAUUUUCAACUUUUUUUUAUUUCUAGGUCACUGUUAAUAUGUUUCUUUUCAAUUUCGAUUACACAGUGUACUUUGCUUCUGUCUUUAAUUAAUGACCACAUUCUUGCACAUCAACUGAAUGUGAAGAAUAGAAAGUAGUUAAGUGAUAAAAAAAGUCCUAUGAUUUUCAUACCAAGCCCGAGGUGUGAUUUAGCUUGUCUAUCUAAUAUUAUUCUUGUCUCAAAUUUAAAAAAGCAACUCAGGGCCCUAGAUUCCUUGAAAUUGCAAGAUCUUAAGUGCAAGGAAUUGUUGGUGAGCUUUGCUAACCAUUUAUUUGUCAUGUGUAGAAAUCUGUUCUGCAAGAAGUCUUCUACCUUCCAAGGCAGAUAUUCUUAGUGUCUGUCACAAAACCUUUCCCAAACAUUGCGUGACACACUAAGGAUGUCUGCAUAGGAGGCUUGUAGUCAUCUUGCACAACAGAAUCUUUUUUCAUGUUGCCAACAUAGAAAGAUGUAGGAUCAAGUUAUCUCAAGAACAACUCGCAUGGGUGGUCAUAAAAUAGCAGAGGGAAGGAUAAUUUGCAGGCAGAAAAUUUUGAACCUCUAGUUUUAAAUGAAAAUGUUUUUCCCACAUAAUUAGUCAUCUGCUCCAUUUUACCAUCAAUUUAUUACCAGAACCCUAGCCUAUUGAGUGUCUCUCGACCCUCAUCAUUCUCUCCAGUCCACUCUGUUAAUUUAUGACCAGUUCCAAAGACACACUCAUUUCUCCACUGCAGCCGUCAUUAGUUUCAGUCCAGACUGAUGAUGCCUGCAGAGGGGAAAAUAGAAAGAGAAUAAGUAUAUCCAUUGAAAAAACGUUUUAUGCUCAAAUAUCUUGAACUUAUUUUUAUGUACAUCACUCUAAAGUUAUAGCUUAAAUCUUUCAUUUUUUGAUAUUAUGCAUUGCUGUUCUCUGGUGUUCAAACAUGCUUAUUAGAACUGCUGCAACAAAAAACUAGUUUCAAAAAUCUAGCAAUAGAAAAAAAACAAAAACGACAAUAAUGUAAGCUUAAAGUUGCUGCAAAGGUGCUAAGCUGUGUACUGCAAUCUUUUAAAUUUGAUUGUUAUAAAUGUAUCGAUUGUUUUGAUGAUAUUUGUUAUGUGGUGCUGGCAACCAAAUAUGUAGUAUUCUUCAAAAUGUCAAAUAAAAAGCCAUUGUUUGUAUA